UAGGAUCAAUGGAAUGAUAUCCAGUCUGUUUCGCUUGCUGGUCGUAAUCGCUUAAAUAUAGUUAAAUAUAUCUCGUGAUAGGGAAAGGCUCUGUUUCUUGUAAAAUGAAUACUUACGUAUGAAAUAUCUAAAUAUCUCCCCUACUUGGACAUCUAGCAGGUAAUCACAGUACGUGGAUGAGCGAGGAAGUCUCUACCAAAGUGUGUUUUUGUUUGGAUUAAACAUCGAAUAAUAAUAUGGACAGGGAUUUCUACAUUCUUCUCGUUCUGGUUUUGCUGCAAUAUCAGAUGUGUGAAUGUGGAAACCGAUACUGUAAAGAAGCCGUCAACAGUGUAGAAAUUGUUACAGCUUGUCCAACUUCGAAGACAGAGUGGGAAAUUGCUGCCCGUAAAAAGAACUGUGAAAGAAUAGCAUCCAGGCAAAAGUGUGAUUCUCGUGAAAGAUUUAAGUACCACUGUGUUAUCAACGGAUUCAGAAAUAAAAUGGUGGAAGUGUGUGCACCUUUAAGAAUAAUUUUCGGACAUUGCACAGAGUUUAAUAUUCAUGGUGGAGUAAUUCAAAAUCAGAGGUCGACUCUCUGCAACGAUACCUUUCCCAAAUGUGACUUGGUCUAUAAUUCAUCGGAUGCGUACAAAUUUACUGAUUGCUAUAAGCUUGUAACAAACGGUGAGAAUUUAUCCACAACGCCAAAAUAUGCAUCAACAUCAUCGACAUCUGGAAGUAUAAUAAAUAUUAAACCUGGCUCUGUGGAAACAUUGAUCAUUAUAGCAGCUGUUCAUUUGGUCUUGUUCCUGAUUUUUAUAAUAAUCGUAGCAUUCAGUAAUUAUAAAUUCUUCCCAUGCUGCUCGCUUACACGCCAACCUACAUCAUCAUGCAGUCAUCGACUUUGAGGAAUAGAUUAAUUAAAGACGCACAGGAAGACAAGAAAACGCAAAAUCUAAAUGUCGAUACGAAAAAAAAAGAAGUGAAUUUACCUUCUUUUUUACAUGUUUCAACGUACAUAAGAGAGACAUAGAUUUUUUUUCAAAGAAAGUGUGUUUGAAAUUCAAGAAAGAUUUAUUAAUAGCAUCUUACUUUAUUUGUUACCAUAUAGAUACCUGUGAAUUGUUUUCGGUGAAAUCAAAAUGUGAAGAUAAAAGUUACAAUAUUGAUGUCUUGCUUUUUCUUUCGUUUUAUAAUUUUUUUUGUAUUUCGGACGCUGCUAUAAUUGUAUUUUCGUAUUUUUAUUGUUAAUAUGUAUGUGAACUUCAGUAAAAACUUUAAUUAAAGUGUAUAGGUAACUGGUAACUAUGAAACACAAAGCUACAUUUGUAACUUUGAAAUAUUAUUAUUAUUUUUACAUUAACUCAAUCUGAUGUGUGUGGAAAAUAAGAAAUCUGAUAUUUGAAUGCAAAUCCUGUAUACGAAUAUGCUUUCGGUGAAAUUUCUACCUUCUACAACGAUUUUGAGAAUUUUCAUUCGAUGAUGAAAAUAAUUGACUCAUCCUAAUUGGAUUCAAAUAUUUGGGUUGUUUAUUUUGAUUUUAAUGAUUAACAAAUAAUCAAUAAUUUCUUGGACCAAUUACAUUAAGUCUUUAGUACAAAAAAGGAUAUAUACAGCUUAUGCUUACAUAAAAUAGCAUUUUCUUUCAGGACAAAGUCAGACCAUGUUUCUUGGUAUUUGUAUAAAUUUUAAAAAAUGAAUCAAAUAUCUAUAAACUUACCUUGGUUUGCUCUGUUUUAAUUCAGUUUGAUUAUUAAUAGAUAUAUAGUCGAGAAUAUUGUAAGAUUUUCUGGGGAUUUUAAUUUAUAAUAUUUGAUCAUAAUAUAUCAAUGUGAUUCUAUACUUUUUUUUAUUAUUAUUAUUUUUUAAAAGUGUUUUCCUCUUUACAAUGUACUUUAGCUUAUCACGAUGUAUUCAUAUAUUAUACAGCUUAUAUUAAUGACGUGUGCAUAGAGGGCUACUUUUUGACGUGUAGUAGCAAACAUUCUGAACGUUGUUAUUUCUUAUUCAUUUUGAAAAAAUAAAAAU